AUGGAAAGAUACGAGAAUUCUUAUUUGGAUGAAGAGGAGUUGUCUUCACAUCUUCAACAUCAACAGAGUCAAGUACAACAUACACAACCACCUAUUGUCGAUGAGGCGGAAUUAUUAGCUGCUCAAGCUGCAGCAGAAGCAGCAGCAGCUCAACAACUGAGACAACCAGGAGGCGCCUUCAGUAAUGUUGGACAGGGAUUAACUGGAAGACAUCGAGAAAUGAUGAUGCAAUACUGGCAAGAGACUAUUAAUUCUAUUGAACACGAUGAUCAUGACUUUAAGAAUCAUCAACUACCUUUAGCUAGAAUUAAAAAAGUAAUGAAAACUGAUGAAGAUGUUAGAAUGAUAAGUGCUGAAGCACCAAUAUUAUUUGCAAAAGGGUGUGAUGUCUUCAUUACUGAACUAACCAUGAGAGCAUGGAUCCAUGCUGAAGAGAAUAAAAGAAGAACACUACAAAAAUCCGAUAUCGCAGCUGCAUUGACUAAGAGUGAUAUGUUCGACUUUUUGAUUGAUGUGGUACCUAGAGAAGAAGAAAAGCCUAAAAAGUCUUACACUCUGUCGAGAUCUAAUAGUUAUAUUAAUCACAAUGGGGGUCAUCCUGAAGAUCCGAAUGCUGUGGGUGGUCUGAUUCAGAAUAAUGGUAGUAUCCCAGAAGAAUCCCAUACAGGGUUAAACGGUACUCAUGUUGGUAGCGAUGAAAAUGUAGAUGUUAAUAACGAACAUCCAAUUCUAAAACAAGAGAAUGAAGAUAUGUUACACCAACGUUUAUUCCAAGAACAAAUAAUGCAACAACAAUUAUUGCUGCAACAGCAACAACCUCAGCCCGAGUCACAGGUUAAUCAACAAGUCAAUUCUCAACAAUCCCAUCAAGGCCCGACCGUGCCAAUUGGAACUUCAAACAUACUGUCUAAUUCAAGAGACGAGACUUUCCAUACUUUUCAAGAGUUCAACUCUAACUAUCCAGCUGAAUAUUAA